ACUUCUACACAAUGUGUUCUUUUCUUAAAGGUCCAUCUAACCAAGGAAGAUCUAAUAAUGUCUCUCUCAUGAACGCCAUCAGUAGCAGUCCUUUGGGAGAUCAGGAGGCCUUGAACCAAACCCUGGAGUCACUCAACGUGUUGAAAAGGGCCGUCUGCACCGUAAUGCUGCCCAUGAUGAACACAACCUCAGCCAACACCCUCUCCUAUGCUGUGGUCACUUUCUGCAAGUCCAACAACACUGUGUUUGAGGUCUCGCUCAACACACUCAACCAGAUACUGAUGGGGCUGAUGCUGACAAAACCAGAUGAGAUGGUGACGGCGGCUGGGAUGGCAGUGUUGUUGUUCGAUCAGCUGCAAAGUCAGACCUCACUGUGGGAAAGCCUGCUGGCUAUUCCGAAGCUCUUCUCCUCAGGUUCUGUUGACCAAGUGCUGGGCACCACGGAGACCCUACUCACCAAUGUACAGGGUGCUAUACAUGUCAUCCAGAGCAAUUUCCCUGAAGCCGGUGCCUCACUUUCCACAGUGCAUCCACUGCUUGUUGGAGGCAUCAACAUUCUCCACUAUGUUCAAAACUGGCCUGGCAAAGAUGUGUCCGUUUCCCUCGGCGAUGUCGUCAUGUUGCACAAUGACUCACUAAGUGAAAUGGUGAAAUAUGUUCUACAAGAAGUCCAGAUACCACUGGACAAGGCUAUCGGCCUGACACUGGACAGAGAUAUGGUGCGUUCCUACCUGUGUGACAACAGCAGUAAGCUGAUGUGGCUAACAGCAGCGUGCAAUACAGGCACUGUGGACAUGCUUCUGGGCUGGAUCUGCCCUGAUAAGCUGGCAAAACAGGCUCUCCUGGCGUGGAGUAAGCACGUUGCUCCUCAUGAUGUGUCCUUCGCCAAGGGGCUGCUGCACAGUCUGAUGGGAGGUUUAUCCCCAGGAGGGCAGGGAAGCUCCAACAUCACAAGGACCCACCGUAGCGUAGAUACACAACCACAAAACAUUGAGGAGGAGCUGUUUCUGGAGGUCGGUCAAGUGGUGAUGGAGAUUAUACAAAUUGUGCCUGAGGUGGAUAUGGUUGUCCAGGGUAUCCUUAGAACUGGCUUUCAGUCCAUGAAGGCAGCGACAGUGACCCUUGAGACUGUUGAAGAGCUUAUGGUAAAUGUUCUGAAAGAUGCUGAUCAACUCCAACUGACCUAUCUAACAUUGCUGACAAAGGAGACUGAUGCAAGUGUUUGGAUGGGUCAUGUUCUGGACAGUGUGAUGGAAGUGAUUAUGAAGAGCCUGGCUCCUGAGCAUUUAACCUGUGAGGAUCUCUUGGGUCCCUUCGAGUGGCUCUUAAACACAGAGAGUGUAAAGAUCGAGGUGUGGAGAUCAAUGAUCUGCCAAAACAGCUCUGUUCUAGAGCAAGCUCUGCUGAUGGACUGGCUGCCAGUGGUUCAGAAGGUACAAGACGUGUACAGCACCUUCACACAACAAGCAGACUACAACGUGACACUUCCUAUGAUUCUCUCUGAGUGGCACAAGUUGUACAAUGACUCUUUGCAGUUUGGAAUGUUUUCGGAACGAUUGACCACCGAACUGGGCGGAGCAUACUGGAUGAACUGGAUGCCAAACAGCAGUCUUGAUGUUAUUGGGAUUCUUCAACAAAGUGUGUUUUUGUCCGUGGUGAAUUCUGGACAAACGAUUGAGAAGAGUCAAUUGUGGCCUGAGGUAAAGAACUAUUUCCACAUGGUUUACUGGAUUUUGAACUACAGGCCUGGUGUCACAACUCAGCCAGCAAACUGUUCUGUUAACAUCAACACCUUUGCCAUUCAGUGCGAUACUGGUUUGAACUGGCAACAUUUUGUAAAAGCAAUGGCUGAUGCUCUGAUGUCACCAAACCAAGAAGUCCUGUUGAAUUCUCUCAAAGGAACUGUGAAUCUGUUGCAGCAUGUGUACGGUGACAUAUAUAAACAUCUGGCGGGAUCAUAUUUGAAAGAAGGAAUUCAAGGUGGAGAUGCACUCUCUGCCUACCUGAUUAACCUGCUGAAUAACCUGGAUGGCUUUGUCCAGAAAAUCACCACACUUAGUGACCAAAGCAUCUCUAACCCUGAUGUCAUACUUCCCCACAUCGGUAACCUGUUACAGUCCACAGGCCUGGCACCACUGCUGCCUCUGCUUCUCAGUGAGGGUCCCCUCAAUGUCUCCACAGUGAUUGAUGUUGCCUCAAAGAUCGGCAGGGUCAACCAGCACAUUUUUACCUUCAAUGAGACGGACCCAACAAUGCCUGAACUGGAACGGUUGAUCAUGCAGUUCCUCUCCUUGGAGGGUAACCUCACCAUGUCUCUCUCCCACAUCAUGGGACACACUCUGCUCACCUAUUCAAACUACUUCCAUCCUGAUGAUGUGGCCCGUCUCAGAGAAGCCAUCCAGCCUUUCACCAACCAGACCUCAGCAGGCCUUGUAGAGGCCAUCCUCAGUGCCAUGGAGCUUUUGAAGACAGUGACAGAUUCUCCAAAUGGUGACCCAACUAACGUAAUUAUUGGGUACAUACGCCAGCUUCAAGAAUUUGUGAUGUCAAUGUUUAGACUGCGAAGAAUCCAAAAUCUUGUGUUACCAAGUGGGCAGCUGAGCACAGCACAAGUCACUGACCUCCACCUGCUUUCCAAAGACUUUCUCAGCCUCCUCACCCCCGAGAGCCUUGAGAACCUUGCCCAGGCUGGACCAGAUGCUGCCCAGAACAUUGUCAUACAGAAAUUUGUGGCAUUCUUACCACCUCAGUUCCAAGAGGAAGCUGCUCGCUUUCUCCAGGAUUUCAAAGCUUUGCAGUGUCAAAUAAUCAAAUGUGCAGCAGGCCAGAAGUGUUUGGCUGGAAUCUCAGAAGUCUUCUCAUUCCUGGAUCAGAUACUGGAAAUUACACUUUCGGCUAAUGGUAAUGUCACCAUCAAUUUGGCUGCGAACAACUCUGUUCUGGUGGGACAGGAAUAUGAGGAAAUUGCAUCCCUUUUCUUCUCACUCCUCCUGUCCUCAAACGAUGCGGCCUAUGUGGAAACAUUCAAACAGACUCUUCAUUUCAUCAGAGUGAUCAUGGCUACACCAAAUAUUACCGUGUCUGAAAUCCAGAAUGCUCUCAGACAGUCAAACCUAACCCUUGAGGAGCUGAACAGCAUUGCUGCACUAGCUGGAGCUGCCAACAUAAAUGACCUGAUUGUAAAUAUAAUGGAGGUCAUCAAUGUCCGCCAGUGUUUUGAACCACAGAAUAACGAGACGGUGACAACGCAGUGUGUUAUGGAGUUGAUAAACGGGGUCAGCAGUUUCCUGGCACACCUACCUGCUCUCCGUAAUGAGACAGCCAUCCUCUCCCUCAUUCCGUUGAUCAUCAAUAAUGUCAUCAGUGAUGUUGUCCAAGUUAACUUCAGCGCCAGUCCUGACAUGGUUCUUGUACACACCCUGAACAGCACCCUGGCCAAUGUCAAGAUGGGCCUCCAGCUGAACCAGCUGAACACUCCAGAGAUCAUGAAUGAAAUCAGAGUACUGGAAGGUCUGAUACAUCUAGCUGCCAACCCCAAACUGUUGUCCAACAAUUUUAACGACACCAUGUAUGCUCAGAAAGUCUAUCUAAGCACUAUAAAUUGGUACUUGAAAAGGCUGGAAAAUAUCACCAGCACCAGCUCAGUCUCAGAGCUCCUCCAUCCCUUUUUCUACCUCACGCAAAUGCAAGUGACAGUACAGCUGGCACAGCUAAAUGUCUCUUUGUUUGUUGGUAGCCAGGUUGAGCUCCUGAUGAACAGCCUCCAGUACCCAAUAGAUGGUGCAGGGGUGAGGAAAAUUGGCCAGACAGCAGUUGAGAUUUUCCAGCGUUUAUUUGAAUCAACAAUGGACAAUUUGGAGAGCCAAUCUAAUCUCCCAGGUUUUGACCUGUGGCUCAAUACAACCAUUCUGUAUGCUGCUAGGCACCAAGUUAAUCUAUACCUUGAUCUCAUACAGAAGUGGAUGAAACAGCCCAAUGUCACGCUGGUCCUCACUAGUAUGCUCCAGUGGGGAGACUCUUCCAUGAAUAUGUCCACCCCUAUGACAGACCUCCACCAUUUGCUGCAGACAAUGGUUAAUUUUCUCAGUGAUGAUGAACUGGCCUACCUUUCCAUCAUUGAUACUAUUACCCAGUCCCUGAGCAAUGCCCUAAUGGUGGCAGAUCAACCAGGUGGCCUACAGAGUGACCACUUCUUAGUCGCCACGUUGGAAGCAGUCCAAAGUGCCAUGCAAAUCCUGACUGAAGCCACGGGCCCCCUGCCGCUCUCUGUACAGCAGAACAUCCUUGAAAUUGUGCGGGACUCAAUUAAGCUCCUUGUUCAACCAGAUCUAAGUUUUGCCUCGUCACGCAACAUCUCCCUCGUCAUCCUUAACAAGGCUGAGAGCAUCAUCCAAGAGACAAUACCAGAAAUGCUUGCUGUGUACCUCCUUUCUGGACUGAAAGUUGCAACCACAUAUUUUGAGACCAUUGUUGCUGCCAGUGGACCAGACAACUGGAAUCAGAUAAUUUUGAAUGAGAUGAAGACAGUCCAGAGCCUCCUGCCACCAAACAACACAGCCCAGGCCUACAUUUCUGGCCUCAUUAACAUCACUCACUUCAUCUUGGAGUCUGGCCAAGGCAACAUGAGCCUCUGGGCAAGUUUUGAGUCUGCAUCACUAACAGAUUUGCCCAUGAUUACUGGCCAGGUGGGAAAACUAUUGAGCAUGCUUUGGCCUCUUCUCAUGGGUGGCCUAAACUCACAGGCAACUACUCCAUAUCUGGAGGACUUGGCUAAUCUUCCUUUACUCCUGGAGCAGCUAAUGAGUGCCUACCUCCCCAACAUUAAUAAUAUCACCCAGUCCCUGAGCAAUGCCCUAAUGGUGGCAGAGCAACCAGGUGGCCUACAGAGUGACCACUUCUUAGUCGCCACGUUGGAAGCAGUCCAAAGUGCCAUGCAAAUCCUGACUGAAGCCACGGGCCCCCUGCCGCUGUCUGUACAGCAGAACAUCCUUGAAAUUGUGCGGGACUCAAUUAAGCUCCUUGUUCAACCAGAUCUAAGUUUUGCCUCGUCGCGCAACAUCUCCCUCGUCAUCCUUAACAAGGCUGAGAGCAUCAUCCAAGAGACAAUACCAGAAAUGCUUGCUGUGUACCUCCUUUCUGGACUGAAAGUUGCAACCACAUAUUUUGAGACCAUUGUGGCUGCCAGUGGACCAGAAAACUGGAAUCAGAUAAUUUUGAAUGAGAUGAAGACAGUCCAGAGCCUCCUGCCACCAAACAACACAGCCCAGGCCUACAUUUCUGGCCUCAUUAACAUCACUCACUUCAUCUUGGAGUCUGGCCAAGGCAACAUGAGCCUCUGGGCAAGUUUUGAGUCUGCAUCACUAACAGAUUUGCCCAUGAUUACUGGCCAGGUGGGAAAACUAUUGAGCAUGCUUUGGCCUCUUCUCAUGGGUGGCCUAAACUCACAGGCAACUACUCCAUAUCUGGAGGACUUGGCUAAUCUUCCUUUACUCCUGGAGCAGCUAAUGAGUGCCUACCUCCCCAACAUUAAUAAUAUCACCCAGUCCCUGAGCAAUGCCCUAAUGGUGGCAGAGCAACCAGGUGGCCUACAGAGUGACCACUUCUUAGUUGCCACGUUGGAAGCAGUCCAAAGUGCCAUGCAAAUCCUGACUGAAGCCACGGGCCCCCUGCCGCUCUCUGUUCAGCAGAACAUCCUUGAAAUUGUGCGGGACUCAAUUAAGCUCCUUGUUCAACCAGAUCUAAGUUUUGCCUCGUCGCGCAACAUCUCCCUCGUCAUCCUUAACAAGGCUGAGAGCAUCAUCCAAGAGACAAUACCAGAAAUGCUUGCUGUGUACCUCCUUUCUGGACUGAAAGUUGCAACCACAUAUUUUGAGACCAUUGUGGCUGCCAGUGGACCAGACAGCUGGAAUCAGAUAAUUUUGAAUGAGAUGAAGACAGUCCAGAGCCUCCUGCCACCGAACAACACAGCCCAGGCCUACAUUUCUGUCCUCAUUAACAUCACUCACUUCAUCUUGGAGUCUGGCCAAGGCAACAUGAGCCUCUGGGCAAAUUUUGAUUCUGCAUCAAUAAAAGAUUUGUCCAUGAUUACUGGCCAGGUGGGAAAGCUCUUGAGCAUGCUUUGGCCUCUAGUCAUGGGAGGUCUAGGCUCACAGACGACUGCUCCAUCUCUGCAGAGCUUUGCUCAUCUUCCUUUAGUCCUGGAGCAGAUGAUGACCGGGAAGGCAAACAAAACCAUGUGGAACCAACUUGAAAAGAUGCUAUCAAGUUAUUUGCAGAUACGUGGAACAAAAAUGUGGGAACCGUCUGUUAUUCCACUGAUUGAAAAAACUGUUGGAAAUACAGUAAACAGCAUGCAAGCAGAGACUGAGCUGAUACAAAGCCUACAGAUGCCAGUGGUGACCCUGAUGGAAGAAGUUGCACAGUCUGUGAACACCAGUCAUUUUAACUUGUCUGAAGUCGUGGAAAGAAUGCCGCUUGCUAUUGAACGCACCAUGCAGGCAGCUCAGCAGGCUAAUGGUACGUUGGAGUGCGCUGAAGUUCUCAACGCAUGGGAGCCAGUAAGAGAGGCAGGGGAAUUAAGCCAUGGCGCCUUGGCUAUGUGGUGCAAUAUAAACCUGCAGCCUGUUUUAGAGGCCUAUAAUGCACUUGCGACCCCCAUGAACAUGAGUCACAUGGAUGUGGCACCAGUGACUGUGAAUGCCACAGCUUCCAGACUUGUUAAGAUUGUACAAUCUAUCUACCAAGUCAUCAUUAACCGCACAGUUGUGACAGAGCACCUCAUCAUGACUUUGACCAGCCAGCUCUCUGCGCUGACAGACCAGCCACUGAGCCCCGAGGCACAGCAUCAGUGGUACAACCAGCUCCAGGACAUGCAGUUGCAAAACAGUUUAUCUGCCAUCAAAUUGCUCUCAGACGAGCUCCUCAGUGUUACUCCAUUCCUCCAGCCUUACAUUAAACCUAUAGAGAAAACUCUGAGUCACAUCCUGGAGAACUACCAUCUCAUUCAGGACAGCAGCUCAGCCCAGGAUGUCUUCGGAGAAGCAGCAAUGAUCCUCCUGUCCUCUGCUAACAUCACCGUGGACGACAUGUUCUCCAUGAUGUGGGGAAAUUUUUCUGGAAUCAAUGACGCAUCUGUCACUGGCAUGAUAAGGGAUGCCGUCAAACUGAUGAUUGACAUGAAGAUAUUCGGGGAUGCGCCUGUGGUUUACCAAGCGUUGGAGCAAUUUCUGGCAUUCAAAAACACAAGCUUCAUUGUGCAGAAGUUGACCGAGAUGGCUGCAUGGUUGUCUUCCACUGAAGCGUCUGGACUGGACCUGCUGACUCAGGCUCUGCCCAAAAUCUAUGACAUCCUCAGGCCUCUCUUGUCUGUUUUUACCCAGAUGGGUAUGGACAUGGAACCAAACAUGGAGCUGUUUACAGACCUAGCUGGAAACAUAAUUGCAAUGUUGAGGCAGCUGGUAAGCACCAGUGGUCUUCUUGCCCCCAUGGAUCACCAUCCGAUGUUUCAACACGAAAUGACAGGCGGCAACCAUACGAUGAAGGGCCACCGGCGCAGACGUGAGGCCCUGUUGAUGCCUCCAAGGGACCCCAUGGAUGACUUCAUAGACCUGUUCUACAUUGACUACCCUGCCAUGUUCAAAGCCAUCUCUGUCCCUCCUACCACAACAGAAAUUAUGGAGACAGUCCAUGUGUUCUUUGGCAAUCCUGAUCUGAAUGUUGUGGUGAAAGGAGCAACUAACAACAUGCCAUGGGGCUUGAAUGCCUCUCGGGAAGAGACCGUUGAUGCUGCCCUCGGGAUGCUCACCUUCUUCACUCUCCCUGGUGCAAUUCAGAUGUCAUCAAUGGAUCUCUUGAUGAGUGCUGCUCAUAUUCUUCCUGAUGGCUUUCCAUUCUCCGCGUUGCUGAAGAAUAUAACCACAGCACUUGCCAGAGAAUCUCAAGAGAACCUGAUCCUCAUGCAGCAGACCAUCCAAACAGCCGCUGAGCUUUUCCAGAUCAGCCCGACAGAUCCGCAGUUCUCACAACAACUUGGCCACCUGAAAUCCCAGGUGUGCACCUUGGAGAACACAGAGUCGGUGCAUCUGUUGAUAGUGGCCCUCUCCAUCGAGCCUGGUCAGCUGUGUAACACUUUCCUACCUAGCCUCCAGAUCUUGGUCGAGAGUCUGAUGAUGAACGUGACCGCUCUGACCGAUGCCAUCUUCCAGGCCGUCAUUGGAGACCCUAGAACCUACAAUGUCCAGUCAAUUUGGAACUCUGAGCUGACUCAAGGUUUCAGCUUUAACACCAGCAGCCUGCGCUCUCUCAAAGUUAACAUCACUUCCCCAGGAAUGGUGACAGUCGGUGAGAUCCUGAGAAAUAAAACAGCCUUCUUUGUGGAUGUUCAGCAACACAUGGAUUAUGACCCAGCGGCUCUCAACCUCCUGUUGGAAACCACUCUACCAAACAACAAUUUAGUGAUCCUGUCCUGGUUGGUCAACCUGCGUCACUGCAACUCCACACCAUUCAUGAACAUGAAAGAGACGGACGUGGCCAUCUAUAGGACCUUUUGCUCCAUGUCUGUUGAACAGUGGUACAGCUUCUCAAUGCUGAUGGCUCGCCAUCUCAACAUGGAGAAAGUCAUCUACAGAAUGGUGUUGUCUGAAGACAUGCAGAGCAUGGUGGGAGUCAUGCUUCAGGUGGCUAAGGUUCUAACCAACAUGAUGAACACGUUUCUUCCUGCCAUCAGUCAGCUGCAAAACUACCUGCUCUCCAUCAAUGACCUCAACCUGGUGGCCAACAACGAAUUUAAUGAAAUGACGAGAGGAUUGAGGAGCAGCAUCUCUACCAAAGCUACAUUUGUCACCCUCUCUCGAGCGUUGUGCAGUAACGGUAUCAUGGCUCUGUUUGGAAUCUCCCAACUCCCCAUUGGGUCGGAGUCAAGCCCCUCCUUCCCCGACGACCACAAGAGGGAGGAGAUGAUCGAGAGGUUCAAGAUCCCACGAAAUGCCACUCCUUUCUGCAUGAACAUGUACCUGGACAUGGUCAACACCACAGGAGGAGCCAUUGCCUGGGCCUUCCUCAAACCAAUGCUAAUGGGACAAAUUCUAUACACCCCUGACACACCUGUCACCAAGGCCAUAAUGGAGAAGGCCAAUGCGACCUUGCAGGAGUUUGCAAAUCUGAGGAAGUACUCUGAGGACUGGAUCGAAUCCUCCAAAUACAUAAUAAACUCUGCCCAAAUACUCAGCAACACUUUGCCAAUGCUGCAGAAUUCCCUCGGCAAUUCCUUUGUGAAGAACUUCAUUGAGAUGCAGACAGACAUCAGUGUCGACAAAAUGAAGGAGACGCUCAGCAACUUCUCUAACAUGACGGUCAUGCUGGAGAAAAACAAGCAAAUACUGAAUCAGAUCACCACCUUGUCCACGCUGAUGGUGGACCUCUCCUCCUGUAUCAAGUUUGACCGUUACCAAGGCUAUGACUCUGCUGACCAGCUCAACGCAGAAGCUCAUAAGCUUGCCAAAAACCGAGAUCUCUACGCAAGUGUCAUCUUCAAGCUUCCCAAAGAUGAGGACUCAUCCAAGAAGCGUCAGGCCAGGUCUUCCUCCUCUACAGCCUCCCUGCCUCCCAAAGUCAGCUACACUAUCCGCAUGCACAUGGACAACGUCAUGCGCACUGACAGAGUCCGGGACCCCUAUUUUGUGAGCGACCCGCACAUCUCGGCCAGGCAGACGAUGCGCUACAACCGGGGCUUUGUCUACCUGCAGGAGAACAUCGAUCGGGCCAUCAUUGAGACCCAGACUGGACAGAGGGUCACAGAACCGGCUGUCCAGCUGCAGCCCUUCCCCUAUCCCUGCCACCUCCGGGAUGAGUACCUGGAGGCCAUCUCUUUUGUCUUCCCACUCAUGCUGAUGAUGGCCUGGGUGCUGUUUGUGGCUGAUUUUGUGAAAAAGCUGGUGCAUGAGAGAGAGCUGAGGCUGCAUGAGUACAUGAAAAUGAUGGGAGUGAACCCGCUCAGUCACUUCUUUGCCUGGUUCCUGGAGUGCGCCGCCUACCUGGUGUUGACCAUCUUUAUCCUCACGCUGGUGCUGAAGUACGGCCUCAUCCUGCCCAACAGUGACGGCUUCCUCCUUUUCCUCUACCUCUGCGACUAUGGAUUGAGUGUCCUGGCCUUCAGUUACCUGGUCAGCUCCUUCUUUGACAAGACUUACAUUGCCGGCCUCAGUGGCAGCCUCAUCUACAUCCUGUGCUUCUUCCCCUUCAUUGUGGUCAUGGCCGUGGAGACAAAUCUCACCUUUUCCCAGAAGAGCGCCUUGAGUUUGUUUUCCCCGACCUGUUUCAGUUACGCCAGUCAAUAUAUCUCUCGCUACGAGGCCCAAGGAGAAGGCAUUCAUUGGAGAAACUCAUACACCUCGCCCAUACCUGGAGACACGGCUUCGUUUGGUUGGCUGUGCUGGCUGAUGCUCAUCGACUCCAUCCUCUACUUCAUCAUUGGGGUUUACAUCCGCAUGGUCUUCCCAGGAAAGUACGGCAUCCCUGCCCCGUGGUACUUCCCCUUCAAAGCCUCCUUCUGGGCUGACCUGUGCUGUUGUGUGAAGUCUAACACUAAGGUGGACAGAGGACUCCUCUUUGCCAACAUCAUGCAGAAAAACCAGCCUGUCUUCUCUGACGACAAGGGGAAAGGCCAGAGCACUCUUUCCUCUCAGGCCGGUGAGGAUUUCUCAGAGCUCCCAGUAGGCGUUGCCCUCCAUGGUCUUGGCAAAAUCUACGGCGACCGAGUGGCUAUUCAAAAUCUUAACGUUUCCUUCUACGAGGGGCAUGUCACCUCACUGCUCGGUCACAAUGGAGCCGGCAAGACCACCACAAUGUCUCUUCUCACUGGCCUUUUCGCCCCAUCUUCGGGCGCCAUCGAGGUGUAUGGAAAAGACAUGCAGACCAACAUCGAUGACGUUCGCAAAGAGCUAGGGGUGUGCAUGCAAUACGAUGUCCUCUUUGACCACAUGACGACCAAGGAGCACCUGCUGCUGUACGGCCAGAUCAAGGCCCCACAAUGGUCACGCAGGGAACUGCAUGAACAAGUCCGCACGAUCCUAGAGGAGACAGGCAUGUACGCUCACAGACACAAGCGGGUGGGCACCCUGUCGGGCGGCAUGAAGCGCAAGCUGUCAAUCUCCAUAGCCUUCAUAGGGGGCUCACGCUUGGUGGUUCUGGAUGAACCCACCACAGGAGUUGAUCCAUGCUCCAGGCGCAGCAUCUGGGACAUUGUUAUCCAGCAUAAGAAAAAUCGCACCAUCAUCAUGUCCACCCACCACCUGGAUGAGGCUGAAGUACUGAGCGACCGCAUCGCCUUCCUGGAGAGAGGAGGAUUAAAAUGCUGCGGAUCCCCCUUCCACCUGAAAGACCAGCUGGGUCAGGGCUACAAACUCACUCUCACCAAGAAGAUGCAGAACCUAGAAUCGGAGCAGAUUGACAAUGCUGAACUGAAAACCUUCAUCCAAGCUCAUGUACCUGAAGCAAGACUGAAGGAGGCCCAGGGGGGCGACCUGGUCUACUCACUGCCCCCCUUCACCUCAUCCAACGCCUCCUCAUAUCGCUCCCUCCUGACUGCGCUGGACUCCAACCUGGAUGCCUUGCAGCUAGGAGGCUAUGGCAUCUCUGACACCACCCUAGAGGAGGUGUUCCUCGAAUUGACUCACGGCAACACAGAAGCUGGGUCGGAGGACAGCCCCCUGUCUAUCUCAGAGACUGUUUCUGACACUGGAUCCAUCGACAGUUUCCCUUCAGACCUCAGUGGAAGCAUCUCCAGCUUUGGUGACAAGAUCAAGCUUACCGGUUCGUCUGUAGUGCGGGGCAUGGCCCUGGCCUGGCAGCAGACGGCAGCCAUAUUGAUCAAGAGGUUCCACCACAGCCGCAGAGACUGGAAGGGCCUGAUCGCCCAGAUCCUGCUUCCUGUUCUGUUCAUGGUGUUUGCCAUGGGCCUGAGUUCCAUCAAGAGUGACUUGCAACACUAUCCGGAGCUCGAGCUCAGCCCGGCGCUUUACAAAUUUGGACGAAGCUACUCUUUCUUCAGUAACCAAAAUCCCAACUCCAGCAAAUUGACGGACGCCAUGAUGUCAUUCCCUGGGAUCGAUAAUGCCUGCCUCGACCAGUCUGAUAAACCGGUCUGCACAAGAAGCACAAGCAAGUGGACUUCCAGAGGGAACAGCUCCAAAGCAUUUAGUGUCUGUAAAUGCACCCGUCAGGAACAGGUUUGUGAUGGGGGCAGCUUCCAGCCGCCCCAUAAGACCAUCCCUUCAUCUCAGAUUGUGUAUAACCUCAGUGGCAUCAAUGUGGAGAACUACUUGAUGGUCACAGCAAAUGACUACAUCAGGAACAGGUACGGUGGCUUUGCUUUUGGCAUGCCGCUCCCUCCUGACUUACAAAUGGACCUAACAGCGGUGCCCAAAAACCGCACUCUGUCUAAGGUCUGGUUCAAUCCUGAGGGCCACCACACAAUGCCAGCAUACUUAAACAGCCUCAGCAACUUAAUCCUACGCUCCAAUCUUCCAGCAGACAAGGAUCCACGUAAAUAUGCCAUUUCAGUUUCCAGUCACCCCUAUUUCGGCCGGGUGGAUGAUGAAGAUGCAAUUGUCCAGGGAAUGCUCCAGAUCCUAGUGGCUAUGUGUGUGCUGACGGGUUACUCAAUCACGACAGCCAGCUUUGCCAUCUAUGAAGUCAACGAGCACCACAGCGGCUCCAAGAGGCUCCAGCACAUCGCUGGCAUCAGUGAGCCCUUCUACUGGGCUGUGAACUACUUCUAUGACAUGGUCAUGUAUCUGAUCCCUGUGACCUUGACUGUCGGUGUGAUCGCAGCCUUUCAGAUUGAAGCAUUCACAGAUCGGCAAAAUUUGGGUGCCGUCACGCUGCUUCUGGUGCUCUUUGGGUUUGCUACCUUCCCCUGGAUGUAUCUGUUAUCAGGCGUCUUCAAGGAUGCAGAGAUGGCCUUCAUCACCUAUGUGUGCAUCAACCUCUUCAUCAGUAUCAACACCAUCAUGUCCACCUCCAUUCUAUACUUCCUGGGUCAAAUUUCAAUGCGCAACCCUGAGGUCAUCCAGGACAUCUUCAUGAAGCUGAGCUACGCCUUCCUAAUCUUCCCCCAGUUCAACUUUGGGAAUGGGCUAAUGCAGAUGGCCAGGAUGAACAUAGAGGUCCAGAUCCUCAGUGGGUACGGCAUCGAUGCCUAUAAGAACCCGUUCUCUCUAGAUGCCCUGGGCUGGAUGUUCAUCGCCUCCUUCAUCCAAGGCUUGGUCUUGUUCACCCUGCGCCUCCUGCUCAACAAGUUCCUCAUGCGCAAAGUCAGGCAUCUGAUUUGCAGCAGAAAGACAGUGCCCCAGGGGGCUUGUGAAGAUGAGGAUGAGGAUGUGGCGGCUGAGCACCUACGGGUGUCCAGUGGAGCAGCCAGCUCAGACUUACUACAGGUCAACCAGCUCACUAAGGUCUAUCAACACCUCAAGAAGAAGGUCCCUGCUGUUAAGAAGCUCUCUGUGGGCAUCCCGGCAGGAGAGUGCUUCGGUCUGCUGGGAGUGAACGGAGCAGGAAAAACUACCACCUUCAAGAUGCUGACGGGAGAUGUUAGCCCCACUGAUGGCUCAGCACAGAUCAGGGACUGGGACGGGCGGUUGGUAGAUAUCAUGGAGUGCCGCAACGAGGGAAUUAACAUCGGCUACUGUCCCCAAGUGGAUGCACUGGACGAUCUGCUCACUGGAGAAGAGCACUUGUACUUCUACGGUCGCAUACGAGGCAUCUCAAAGAAGGAGUUAGACGGGGUGGUGAAGUACCUGCUGAAGAAGCUGGAGCUGACCUACCAUAGAAACAUCACUACCGGUGGUUACAGUUGCGGCACCCGCAGGAAGCUCUCCACUGCGCUGGCUCUCAUUGGACAUCCACAGAUCCUGCUCCUGGAUGAGCCGAGCUCUGGCAUGGACCCUCGCACCAAGCGCCACCUGUGGAAAAUCAUCUCUGAAGAAGUGAAAGGAAAAUGUGCCGUGGUCCUCACCUCUCACAGCAUGGAGGAGUGUGAGGCACUGUGCAGCCGCCUUGCUAUCAUGGUGAAAGGGCAGUUCCGUUGCCUGGGCUCCCUGCAGCACAUUAAGAACAGGUUCGGCAGCGGGUUUACUGUGAAGAUGUACUUGGCCGAGGCCUCCAGUGACACAGAGGCAAUCACUGGCUUCAUGCAGCGCCGAUUCCCCAGCACUUAUCUCAAGGACCAGCACUCCACUAUGGUGGAGUACCACGUACCAGUUGCUCCAGGAGGGGUGGCUGACAUCUUCGACCAGCUGGAGUCCAACAAGAAUGCUCUGCAGAUCAAACACUUCUCUGUGAGCCAGACCACACUGGAUGAGGUCUUCAUUAACUUUGCCAUGGGAAAGAUUGGUGGGGAAACCAUACCAAUUCACAGCGAGGAUGAAAGUGACGGCCUGGGCUCCAUUAAAGCAGUAGAUACAUAGAGCUGACUGCCAUCUUUUCUUUGCCAUUUUGUCCACUGUGAAAUGAAACACAGUCUCUUCAAGUAAAUCUGCCUUUAAUCUGCCCUUUAUGUAAAAAGUAAGAGUUUAAACCAUUUGUGUUUUAGAAAUACUGAUUAUCUCAUGAAAAUGCCUUGGUUGAUCAUAUGAAGGGUAAUUUAUGUCUAUACUUAAUAAAUUAAACUAUUAAUGAAGAGCAGAAUAACUCAUGCACAUUUGCAUACAUGCACAGAAGUCUUAUGUUUAUUGACCCUUUUCCUAUCUUACAAGUCUUUCUUUAAUUCUACUGAUCUUAUUAUUUAUGAAGGAUGACAUUAAUUUGUAUGCUAUUAAUUUCUUUCUCUGGUGGGUCUCUGUUUACUAUUAGAAUAUUAUACUAUAGUCAAAAAAACCAGUUUCCUAUUUAGAAUCAAUUUUAUUUCAACUUAAUGUUGACAAAAACCUGAUUUUAUCUCAUCUUAAAACACCUAUGCACUAAAUAUACAACAUGCCUAAAAAGGAAAUUUUAGUUGAAGGUAGAUGCUAUUGUGGCUACUGGAUGAAAUGUGACAAAAGAAAAUGAUCAGAAGAAUAUCCUUAAUAGGCAAUUUUCCCUUACUUAUUAACACUUCCAAUAAGGGCAUACUUACAGUAAUUUCUAGAAUGAAUGUACUGAAUAUUUAAUGGACUCUUGCCUGCUCAUGGACCUGUGUAUCAAGCCUAUUUUUUAUUAUUCUAAUAAAGCUAUUUUUCAAAUGCAA